GUGUGCAGCCAUUCCCUGUGUGCUGUCCCUGCAUCCCCUGGCAAUUGUCUCUCUCCAGCUUUCCUGGGGCUCCUCCAGGCCCUGCAAGGCCGCCCUGAGCUCAGCCCAAAGCUUCUCCUGUGCAGGCACUCAGGAACUGCUGUUGAUGGAAGAGUCCAGGACAGAGAGCUGGGACAGCGGGGCAGCGACAGCCGAGCCCAGGGCAGAGUGAGCCGGGCCUGGGGCAGUGACAGCUGUGCCCAGGGCAGUGACAGCCGUGCCCAGGGCACUGUGGGCUGUGCCCAGGGCAGCCUGAGCCGUGCCCAGGGCAGUGACAGCCGUGCCCAGGGCAGCCUGAGCCUGUGCCCAGGGCACUGUGGGCUGUGCCCCGGGCAGCCUGGGGCUGUGCCCAGGGCAGCCUGAGCUGUGCCCAGGGCAGUGACAGCCGUGCCCAGGGCAGUGACAGCUGUGCCCAGGGCAGUGACAGCCGUGCCCAGGGCAGCCUGAGCUGUGCCCAGGGCAGUGACAGCUGUGCCCAGGGCACUGUGGGCUGUGCCCAGGGCAGUGACAGCCGUGCCCAGGGCAGUGACAGCUGUGCCCAGGGCAGUGACAGCUGUGCCCAGGCAGUGACAGCCGUGCCCAGGGCAGUGUGGGCCGUGCCCAGGGCACUGUGGGCUGUGCCCAGGGCACUGUGAGCUGAGGCCAUGGCAGGGUUCCUGGACAAUUUCCGCUGGCCAGAGUGCGAGUGCAUCGACUGGAGCGAGCGCCGCAACGCCAUCGCCUCCAUCGUGGCCGGGGUGCUGUUUUUCACAGGCUGGUGGAUCAUGAUCGAUGCUGCCGUGGUCUAUCCCAAGCCGGAGCAGCUGAACCACGCCUUCCACACCUGCGGGGUCUUCUCCACCCUGGCCUUCUUCAUGAUAAAUGCUGUAUCAAAUGCACAGGUGAGAGGAGACAGCUACAGUGAUGGAUGCUUAGGAAGAACAGGGGCUCGGAUCUGGCUCUUCAUCGGCUUCAUGUUGAUGUUUGGAUCCCUCAUUGCUUCCAUGUGGAUUCUCUUUGGAGCAUAUGUCACACAGAACACUAAUGUGUACCCUGGAUUAGCAGUGUUUUUCCAGAAUGCAUUAAUAUUUUUCAGCACCCUGAUCUACAAGUUUGGGAGGACAGAAGAGCUGUGGGGCUGAGCUGCCUUGGCCACAGCUGCCACGUGGUUCUUGUGUGUAGAUAACUCACAGUCCCUUGUCCUUGGUUUGCUUCCCGGCCUGGUGGAACUGAGACAAUUCCAGGCUCUGUCUGAAGGCCUGGACACACCUGUGAAUGUGUCCAUAGGACAGGAUCUGUCCUUUCCCAGGGAAGGGCAGGCUGCCAAGCCUCCCCUGCUCAGGCUCCAGCUUCCUCCUGCAGCUUCUGCUCCACAGCUCCACCCGUGUCCAGGCUUCUGUGAACAGUAGUGAGCAACCAGGACAGAGCCAGCCCAGCCCUGCUGGGCUCAGAGCUGAUUUUAAACAUUUUAUAUUAUUGUUCAGGUAAAAAUAAAGUAGAUUUUUUUUUUUCUUCUUUUGGGAAAAGGUUAUGGGUUUUUAAGCGAGUCCCUACACUCAGCAGGUUGUGCAUGGCAAAGCAAAGUAUUCCUGACUUGUGAUGGCUCUGGCACAAAGGACAUUUGCUGGCACCACAGUCCUUGGAAUUAAUUUCAUGCUGCUCAGUGUAAGAGAUACCAGUUGGUAUUUAAUGUAUUUCCUGAUAUUAGAAUAAAAAAACUCCAACAAACUGAUGCCAGGUGUACUUGAUGUGGAGAAUAAAUGAGUCAGAGCAGUGUCUUGCUACUCCUGCCAGUGGCACUGUCUGCAGGGGCAGCUGUUUGCUGAUAAAUCAGUUUUCCUGACUGUUCCCUCUGUGCUUACAAGGAAGUGAGGUAUGGAUGGAUUUAUUGCUCACAGUCCAAGCUUGUAAUAAUUUCAAGUUUCAAUAAAUUCUAGGAGUGACUCACACCCGG